CUCCCCCUUUGCAGGCAUUCAAUGCGCAUCUCCGCUCUCAGUCCGGUUUUGGACCCUUCUCAGCAGUGCAUGAGAGAACCGUGGGAAUUUUCUCAAACUUGAAGGGGGGAAACGUGUCUGCAGCUGUUGGAGCUUAUCAGCCGCGAAGGAGCAGUAGAAGCAUUUCAUUCAGAACAUGACUAAUCCACUGGAGAAGGUUGUGGCCCAGAAGAAGGAGGCCAUUGAGGCAGUGAUGGAUAUGUUUCAGAGGGGGGCCGAGGUGCUGGCCAGUGCUGUGGGUGAGCUCUUUCCUCUUUGCGAGGCUGCUGCUCCUGUCCUGCGUCUGGCCUUAGAUAAUGUUCAGAGCAAAGAGGUCUUCUAUGUCAAAGAACAGUUCCUGACAGUAAAGAACAAACUCGAUGUGCUAUCGAGUCAGCUGGAAGACAUAGACUGUGAGCUCAAGAAGGGAAGACUGGACUCCCAGUACUUCUCUGUUGAGGAGAACAUUCGGAACCAGUUUAGGAAGUAUAUGGAUAUACUGGAAGCAAAAGAGCAGUUUAGGGAGGUGAAAAAGAGGCUUUUUUUGGAGCACUUUGCCAAAACUGGAGGAGAGAAGAACCUGCUUGUGCUCUGUGAUGCUCUCAUGGGGACUAACUGCUUUGGAGAGCCCAUUUUAGAUGUGGUAGAAAGGUAUGUGGCACGGAACCGCCGCCUUCUGGAAGAUUUCUGUGUUCGGAUGAAGGAGCUUCUCUGCUUGGGUCUGAUUGCUCUUCUGGGUCACUGUGCCUUAACACAGGGCCAAGAAGAAGAGCAGGAAAAAAUCCAAGAGUGGAGCAGCAAAAUUGAAGAAGUUGAAUCCAGGAUGAAGUCAGCCAUUGAGUCUUGCAUUGCUGCUUUCCCAGAACAAGCAAAAUUAGACACCGAACGCCUCCUGAAGGAAAACCAUGAAGAGAAUCUUCAGGAUUCAACUCAGCAGCUUUUAGAGUUCUUGGUGAAAAAGUACGACUGGGUCAGCUGGUCAGUGCGGCUGAUCAACCAUUCAAGCAGCACCUAUCGAAACUGGCGAGCAGGGGAGCAUUUUCACCAUGUGGCAGGGCAGAACUGGUUCGAGGUGCUCCAGGUGAACAACAUCAACCUGGUGGUGUCCUACAGCACCAAACCGCAGCCUGUGCCCCACGACUGUAUCAGGCAGGUGAUGGAGGGUCAGGGGAAGAAGGGAAAUGCCCCAGCUGUGGUGGAGGUGUUGGAGAAGCAGCUGUGCGGGUUUGUUGUUCAUGCAGUCAGUCGUCACAAGGAGUCCGCGGCUGCGUGGAGCUUUCCGGAAGACUGUCAUUACUGGGAGAGGCACAAGAAUGUGGCUGUGUGUGUGCACUCAGAGUAAAGCUGCUAGAUAAUCCAGGUUUUAAGAUUUUAAGGCAGAAAGGUUUAUCCGAAUGAAGACACUUAACAUUUUUGUUGCUGAAAGAAAAAUUGAUGAUACACUGCAUUGAUCAUCAGAUAAUUUAUAUUAACACCAAUCACACAAACGAAGCAUUUUCAGGUAUUAAGCCCAGACCUAAUGCAUUAGUCGGACUGAAUCAAACUGACACUGUUGCACUUAUUUUUAACAUUCAUUUUGUGAAUGGAAGGUUUAAUAAAUGUGAAAGAUUUCAGAAUGCAGCUUAUGUUUUAAAAUCUUCCUUUUUAGUCUAGAGGUGUUUUUUUCUGAAUGAGUUAUGCCAUAGUUUUACAGUAAAACCCUUUUGAGAUCAGAAUUGAUUUGACACUCCUACAUGAGAGCUACACAUGACUGGAUCAGUGCUCUGCGUACGCCAUCACCCAAACCGACACGUUAGAAUCAAUACUGGAAAACAUCCGAUCAAUGCAGCUCGUUCAGAAAACUUGGUUUCACGUUUUAAUGUUUUGUUAAAAUAAUAUAACCACAAAUGCACUUGCAGAGCUGCGCGAGCUCUUAGAUACUCUCGGAUAUUUUCUACAUAAACGUAGUUAUAGCUCUUCAAAAUCACUUGCAUAUUACAAACUGUAUUGCUACAUGUCUAUCCAUAAUGCUAACAUUUUACUUCAAAAGCAUUUUACCUCAGCUGCAUGCAGUAAUAACACCGUCUCCCUUGAGAAACGGCUUCUCUACCUACUUACAGCUUUCAGGAGAUGGUUUUGCUGAGGCUGCAUCUACAGCUCUCUGCUCCCUUUUUGUCCGUGCUCAGCAGGCUGGCCUACAUGACCCUGACAGGGAGCGGGGAGGUUACUUUUUCAGGCGUGAAAAACAAGAGGCUUGGAGGUUGGAAACACGACAAUGUGCCUUGUGUUCUAAACACAGUGAAAGCCCUCGAUGCCGAACCAGACCCGCACUGCUGACCAGUGCUCUGCCUAAAAAAAAUAACACGAGUUAACUGCUUCACAUAGAUCUUUAUGUUUUAUGUAUCAUUUCACCUAUCUCAAUGCAAUUUACUUCAUCUGUUAGGUAUUCUUCCUGACAUUAAAUAUUCAGUUGUUUUGUCUAAAAUUUAAAAAUCAACCAAAGAUUUUCCCAGGAAAUUUUUAUGAACUCAGUUUUUUAUUAAAUCCACAGCAUUUAGAUAAAAACUAUUGCUUGCUUAAACCACAUCUGCUUUGUUACUCAUACCAAAACAUCUUAACAAAAUUAGUGGAUAAUGAAUGGCUAGCAUGUCUUUUUAUGCUUUAUGAUAAUUAAUGAGUAAAAACAAAAAGCAAAUGGAUGUGUAAACACGUGUAAUCUAAUAUCUGUCUCCUUUUUCUUGUAUAAAUGUGAUUUAUGUAGCACUGUCAGUGCCUGUGCCCAUUAAACCGAAGCAGUGCA